CUAUAACAGACAGCUCCAGUCUGCGAAAGACAACACAGUCUACUACAGUCUACAUCAGACAGUGACCAUGGACCAAACAAACGAUCCCAGAAACAGCCAACAAGCUGCUUUCGCUGCUCCACAGGUCUGUAGGGCCCGUGCAGCGCUUCCCUCAGAUCCUGUCGAACUGCAGGGCGAACUUCAACACGCUCGUGACGUCCUGGAGGAAUGGGGGUCUCAGAGAAUAAAGAUGGGACACAGGAUCCACAAACUGAAAUAUGAGGUCAACAGACAGGACAUGUUCAUAGACCUCAGGGACAGAAAGUUCAGUGACGAAAUACAAAAGAGCCGUGACACCAUCGCACAGCAUGAAGAAGAAAUCUCCAACCUGAAGAGAAGUCUCCAGUACAUGCAGAGCGUUCAGGAAGAGAGCAUCCGAGAGAAAGAACACAUGGCAGCCAAACUGAAGGCAGAGCGACAAAAGGCCUCAGAGAAAACCAACGAGCUGCUCGUGCUGAACCUAGAAAAACAAAAGAUUGUUCUGCAGCAGAACGAUUUGCAGAACAUGGUCAAGCAGCUGGAACAGCAGCUCCGUCAGAGGGACAACGAAAACCUGACUCUCAGGAAACACAAUGACAGCCUCUUUCACAGCCUCACUGAGACCAACAAAAUCCUUAAAGCCAACAAAGCUGAAUUUCAGGAGAGCAACAGAGCCUGGCAAGACAAAUACAAGGCUCUGCAGGAGAAGUUCAGCGACAAAGAACAGGUUUGGGACACAAAGCAACACCUGGAGGAACAGAAGAAAGAACUUGGAACUGGAUACUGGCCGAACGGCUGUGUCAGGGAGUUGGCAGCAGAGAUGACUGGAACGUUCUGUUCAAAGCGGGUGGCAUCCUCCUCUGUUGAUGCAUUUGACAGCUAA